GGUGGGGGACCAGGUGUAAGGGCGGGGGGAGGGUUGUAGACUUACUACCUGUGUGAGACGGUGCGUGGUCUCAGGUUUGUGAGGAUGAAUGGCAUGUGAGUUUUGUGGGGUAAUAACCUGUAAACCUCACUUUUCACAUUUCUAAAAUAAUGAUUGUAAGAAUGCAUCUUUUUGGAGCACCGGUUUUUCUGAAAGAAUAGAAAAAGGCUAAGCAAUUGAGCGAUGAAUAAUUUUUAAAGCGAUUUUACAUCAAAGCAGGCGUGUUGUGGUGUAGUUACGAAAUCAGCGUUAAUUUUUUUAAGAGGAAAGAUUCCCGAAGAACUUUUUAUUGGGUGUCUGGAUCCCGCCCCCCCAAUAGGUAUUGACUUUUAUUAAUUCUUUGCCGGAACUUUGGUGAGGCAGCUUUGAGAAGCACUGGACUAAGGAAUAGCUUUAAGAGGUAAUUUCCACUUGUGCAGACAGCUCAAAAUUAGGAAGCAAGCUGUCCUGUCUUCCGUGCAGAUUAGAGUCUGUCUAGUUUGUAAAUGAACAUGGCAAUCUGACUCCUAAUUUGGCUAGGUUUUCCCCAAACAAAAUGGCUUUCGUAAUGUAGUGAAGCAGUUUUCUUCCAUUUACAAAGACACUUUCUUCCAGUAUUUUAUCACACAACAUUUUUCAAUAAAAUGAAAAAAUAAAGUUCCACAGUAGAAAAAUUCAUAUACAAGAAUAAUAGCUUUGAUAUAUACAAAAAAAUGGUCAGUUAUAGAAAGGAUAGCACUUUAUUUACAAAAGCAACAAAUUAGAUAAAACACCUAGGGAUAAAUAAGAAAUGUUUAAAGCCUAUAUUAAAAUUGUUUUUAAAUGUUAAUGAAGGGCCCAAAAGAAGACUUGAGCAAAUGGAAAUAUAUAUCAUAUUUUAGAUAGAUUUAAAAAGUCUGCAAGGUAUUCUGUUAUGUGAAGAAAGCAAGGUAUACAGUGUUUGGUGUAAUAUAUUUUUUGAGUAAAUGGAGAUAAGAAUGUGUAUUUGUAGUUGCAUGAUGAAACUUUGGAGGUUUACACAGAAAAUAAAAAUGGUUGUUGGGGAGGGAAAUGCAGUAUCCAGGGCAGGGGUAAAAAUCACAUUUUUUGCUUGCCUGUUUUGUGUAUUUCCAUUUUUACCUGGGGUGGGGAAAUUAGAUUUCUAUGUUUGCUCCAUUGCUUUUUAGAUGUUUAUCAUUGCCUCAUUCUUGAAUGUUUUCUUGAUUCCCAUGAUCGUACUUUCAUUUUUAUAAUUCCAGUCAAAACCAAGGAGCACCCCCCCCCCCAACUCCGUGAGUGACUUGUGUUUCUGUCUGUCCUUUAGCUAUUAGUAUUACUGAGUUUUGGACUUUGAUCAUCUUUUUUUGCCUAGAAGAACUCUGUGUACAGUAGAUUCCAUUUGGGCUUCAGCUGACAAAUAACAAGUAUCCAUUCCUAUUUGAGGUUUGUCCUAAGCUCCUCAUUCAGACAUGCAGCUGCCCGACGGACAGUUCACGUGGAGGUUGCACGGGAACUUCACUCUUUAAGCCCAAAAUGUCAUACUGAUACUUCUUUCCUCCUGCAGUUUGCCUCCAUCCGUUACCUCUUCUGUAUUACCUGUUCAUCAAUUCAUAGCACUGUCCAGCCAGAUGCUAAGCCUCUUACAUCUGAGUAAUGGAAGGGCUUCUGAGCCAGCUUCCUUGUGCAUCCCCAGGAGCUACACUUCCCUUAUCCUUUAAAACCUCUUGAGAGUCCUAAAGGCUCGGCCUGAAAUCUGAGAUGCUGCGUUGAUCCUCAACAAUAACUUCCAAUUCCUGUCCUGGUCAUAUAACAGUUAUGUGAAGAGUCCUGAGGAAUUAUAAAGACACAUCAUGAGAGACCUGUGAGUUAAAUCUCAUCCUUCUCCAUGAAAAUACAGCUCAGGAAAAACUCAGAAAACCUAGGAAACAGAAAAGUAUUUCCUCUGAUCACAGACAUUGUUUCUUAAGACUACAUCUGUAUGUAUGGUACUCAAUUUAAAAGAGUUUGGAACAUAAUUUAUGCUUCAUUCAAUAUGAGAGAAGCUAAGAAAAGACCACUAAGAAUAUAAUGAGAAUGCUAUAUUUCAUUCUGUUUCGCCGAAUCUCAGGAUAAUCAGUGUGAAGAGAUUUCCAUCAUAAAUUCAACUUCAUUAGAUAACUGAGAAUUGAUAUUAUUGAUAUUGGGGAGAAACCAGGUGAAUUUCCUGAAUGUGGAAAAGCUUUCGUCUAUGUGACACGUCAAGAGAUACAAAAGAAGUCUUGGAACAAAUAUCUGCAUGAUAACAAUGUUGAAGAGCUUUCAGACUGAAUCAGAUCUCCUUCAGUAUGAUCAAAUUCAUACUAGAGAGAAACCUUGUGAGUAUAAUGAAUGUGGGAAAACCUUUAGUCUGAAGCAAAACCUCAUAGAGCAUAAGAAAAUGCACACAGGAGAGAAGUCAAAUGAAUGUCAUCAGUGUGGUCAAGUAUUCUCUCAAGUCUCAUCCCUUACUCUACAUUUGAGAAGCCAUAAAGGAAAGAAACCAUAUAAAUGCAGUAAAUGUGAAAAGGCCUUUAGCCAGAAGGGAAACUUCCUUUCUCAUCAGAAACAUCAUACUGAAGAGAAACCUUAUGAAUGUGGGAGAGCAUCUGUUCAGAUGCCAGGUCUUAUUAAUAAGCACCAGAGAAAUCAUACUGGAAACAAGUCAUAUGUAUGUAAGGAGUGUGGGAAAGCCUUCAAUGGCAAAUCCUGUCUCACUGAGCAUGAGAAGAUUCAUACGGGGGAGAAACCAUUUGAAUGUAAUCAAUGUGGAAGAGCCUUCAGCCAGAAACAAUACCUCAUUAAACAUCAGAAUAUUCAUAGUGGGAAGAAACCCUUUAAAUGUAAUGAAUGUGGAAAAGCCUUUAGCCAGAAGGAAAACCUCAUCAUCCAUCAAAGAAUACAUACUGGAGAGAAACCUUAUGAAUGUAAAGGGUGUGGGAAAGCUUUCAUCCAGAAAUCAAGCCUCAUUAGACACCAGAGAAGUCAUACAGGAGAGAAACCCUAUGUCUGUAAGGAAUGUGGGAAAGCCUUCAGUGGCAAAUCAAAUCUCACUGAGCAUGAGAAAAUUCAUAUUGGAGAAAAGCCCUAUAAAUGUAAUGAAUGUGGAACAAUCUUUAGGCAGAAGCAAUAUCUCAUUAAACAUCACAAUAUUCAUACAGGAGAGAAACCCUAUGAAUGUAAUAAAUGUGGAAAAGCCUUCUCUCGAAUUACAUCACUUAUUGUACAUGUGAGAAUCCAUACAGGGGAUAAACCUUAUGAAUGUAAAAUAUGUGGGAAAGCCUUCUGUCAAAGCUCAUCUCUUACUGUGCAUAUGAGAAGCCAUACAGGUGAGAAGCCCUAUGGUUGUAAUGAAUGUGGAAAAGCCUUCUCUCAGUUCUCAACUCUUGCUCUACAUAUGAGAAUCCAUACUGGAGAAAAGCCUUACCGGUGUAGUGAAUGUGGGAAAGCUUUUAGCCAGAAGUCACAUCACAUUAGACACCAGAGAAUUCAUACUCAUUAAAGUUCUAUGAAUGCCUUGAAUUUAGGAAAACCUUCAACAGAAUUCACUUUUUUUAGUAUAUCAGAAAAUCCAUCUUUCAAAAAAGUGACAGGAAUGUGGAAAACCCUUCAGCACUCAAAACUUAAAAUACUGAGAUUUUAAAUAAGUAUAGUGUUAUGAAAACUUAUACCUCCAGAGCCCACACAACAAACAUUAUUAAUGCUGUACUUCUUAGGAACAUUCUCACUGAAGUAAAGAUCUACUCAUGAACACCAACCACCAUGGUUCUGGAAGGCCUACCUGAGGCAUUAAGACAAAAAUAAGAGAGGUAUAAAGAUUUAUAAUUAAGAGAGAAAAUUGUCAUUUGUGUUACAUGUUUUGCUAUAUGGUAAUCAUCAGUUAUUUGCUCUUGAUCCAGUCGUUAAAAAACAGAUUGUCUCAGAAUAUUGUAUCCUGAAACAGAUGCAUGCCUUUUUGAGAAACUGGUAAUUAACAGAUGUGGUAUCACAACUUGGUAGGGAAAUCAUGCAUGAGUCAAAAAAUGGUCUCAGGGUAACUGACUUUUCAUAUGGAAAAACAUUAGAUAUUUGCUGUCAUCAUACAUUAAAAUAUUUACUUAUGAAAUCUAAUAAUAUUGAAGACUAGAAUGCAAAAUGUGAAACAAGAAUUUUAUAGAAUGUUUUUAAAACCUUGAAGUAGGAAAUAAUUUCUAAAACUGAUUCCAGAAUACUCACCCUUGAGUAUAUAUACAUAUACCCAACAAACAUGUACCCAAGGAAUCAUGUACCUCUGUGUUCACUGGAGCGUGAAUUAUAUUAGCAAAAUAUUGGAAACAAAUGUCUGUCUCUUGUGAAAUGGUUGAAUAAAAUAUGAUAGUCACACAGUAGAAUAUUCUCUAGUAGUUAAGUACAAGUUAAACAUGUCUAUUAACAAGGGAAAACCUGAAAAAAUGAUGUAGAAUGAAGAAAAAUGAAAGUGAUGAAUAUAUUAUAAAUACAGUUGUGUGAAUCUGAAUUAAAUCACCACUAACCAACACCAGUAUUAAGCAUUGGUUAUAGAUGAACAUUUUGAUGUAAAACUAUGAAGAAUGGAUUGCAAGGAUAUACACUUAGUUCCCAAAAGUGGUUGCCUCCAGAAAGAAAGGUAGUGGAAGGGAAAUGGGAUCAAGCAUGGUAGUUAAAGGAUACUUUAGUUUUGUAUCUAAAUAUCUCUCAUUAAAAAGAAAAAAAUUCCAGAUAACCAUAACAAAAUGUUAGUUAAUUCUGGGUUGUGGCAGUAUGUGUGUAUUUUUUGUGCUAUUUCUUUUAAACUUCUGAAAAUUAAAAUAGAGAUGGGAGUAGGGAAGCUGUACAUGAAGUACAUAUUAAAAUGGACUUACAUCCCAAACAGAUGCUAAAUUUUUAUUAAAAUUUCUAAAAGUAUAUCUUUAAAAUAUAAAAAAAUUUUUAAUUGUGAUGGCAGCUUAACAGAUUGAAUUACCAUUUAAGGAUUGUAUUUAAUAAUACAUGCACAGACCUGAUAGAAAGAACUUGCUUUCACUGAAACAUUUAUCAGAAAUUUUAAUACCUUAUAUAACCAGUAUUGGCAAUGGAAAUCAGACCAUUUUAAAAUGAGGAAACCAUGCUGCUCUUAAGUUUUUUAAUAUGCCAGUGAGUAAAACAUCCACUCUUGCAUGUUGGCCUCAAUUUUAACCUCAGACUAAUUUUUUCUCUGUUCUGCCGGACAUAAUCGAUCAGUUCCCCACUAUGCAUUUGUUUGUUUUCUUGGGGAAAAGUGCUGAAAAGAGAGACCUAAACAGUAUUUGCAGAAAAUCUUUUAAGAUUUUUGAAAGUGAUACUUGAUCCCUUUUCACAACAGCUUGACAAACAGAAAGCUUUUAAUGCUCUUUGUUAAUAGAAAAAUGAGUAUGCAACUUUUAGACAUUAGGCUAAUUCAUAUAUUUCAAUUUCUUUUAAACUCAAAAUAAUAAAAUGCUAAUGUAACUAUA